CAUUAUUAACAAUGAGAAAUGUCUAAAUGACUUAUUAAACGCACACGAACGGAAAACUGGUGACUUCAAACGCGUGGCCUUGAUAUUAAACGACGAUUACCGACAGUGUACCGGAUCAUAUUUAAGGUUAUGCAAGUCGGUUAUACUAUCAUUUACUAAAAGGGAUUCUGUGUACAGUGACUUUAAUCAGAUUGUAAAAAAAUGGCAGGCACAAAUUUGGACAUUGAGAAGGUUAUCAUUAGCACUGGAAAUAUUUUAUCUUUGAACGACAUUACCAAAAAAUCCGGUCAAAAUCCAACUGAAGAGCUGGUGGAAGCCAUAAACAUUACUAUAAAGGAAUACCAGAAUGGUUCCCCACUAAAACCCAACCCUGAUCAUUUAAUGGUAAUCUCUAGACCCAACGAUGAUCUGUCUAUAAAAAUGGGCGAACAUGACAUUUCAGAUCUGAAAAUCGGACUUAAAAUCUUCGUUACCAACAAUAACCAGCAACUAACUGUUCAGGCAAUUGAAAAGGCAUUGAUAAUCUUGAAUGUCGCCAGUGUUGAUGACGUGAUAGUAUCGUUCAAGCGCGCAAACGACGUCACCAGAGAUGAUUUAGAUCAAAUUAAAACUGUUUGGACCAUUUUGGAGAACUACAUCAAAAACGAGAAAAUUAAGCACAUCGGUAUUGCAGAUGUGGAGGAGGCUACUUUCAGAGCUAUAUAUGACUGGGCCAACAUCAAACCCAGCAUCAUUCAGAUUAAUCUUGCCACUUGUUGCGUUGUACCUCCUUCAUUGCAGGCUUUUUGUAAGGAUAAAGAGGUGAAGCUUUUGACCCACAGUGAUCCAAGUGAUAUUCUCCCUGUGCCAUCAAUUGAAGGAAUCUUUGGAAAGCCAUUAGUUUUAAAAUGGGCCUUGAGAUUCUUGACUCAUAUUAAAUGCAGAGGAGUCUUAACAACAAAGGGUUACCUCCUAAAUUUGGACGUUGACUAAUGUUUUAACUGCGUCAAGAUUGUUUUUAUUGUUCAAUCAGUAUUGGGUACAUUUAUGUAUUUUUUUAACUAAGGUACAUUCCGAAGUGCUUUGUAAAUGAUAAUUCAUCAAAAUUGUUUUACACAUGUACAUAUUUAUAGUUUUACACGGAUUAUUUAUACAUCAGUUGGUGUUAGUGUUUAGAAAAUUUUAUAUUUAACACAAAUACACACUUAUUUAUACAUUAUUAA